AUGGCGGGGAAGAUGACUUUAUACAAACUGGUUGUGCUGGGCGAUGGUGGCGUGGGAAAAACGGCCUUGACAAUACAGCUGUGCUUAAACCACUUCGUUGAGACCUACGAUCCUACUAUCGAAGAUUCCUACCGCAAGCAGGUCCAAAUAGACGGUCAAUCGUGCAUGCUGGAAGUGCUCGACACGGCGGGGCAAGAAGAGUAUACAGCGUUACGAGACCAAUGGAUAAGGGACGGCGAAGGGUUUGUCUUGGUCUACAGCAUCUCAUCGAGGUCGUCAUUCGCACGAAUCCAGAAGUUUCACCAUCAGAUACAGCGGGUCAAGGAAUCCUCAUACUCUGGAUCGCCGUCGUAUCCCGGGUCGCCACUUGCUACCUCCUCGGGCGGUUCGGGUUCGUACGGCCCCGCGCCAGUGAUGCUGGUUGGAAACAAAUGCGACCGAGUGACAGAACGCGAAGUCUCUACGCAGGAGGGCAGCGCGCUUGCGCGAGAACUAGGAUGUGACUUUGUCGAAGCGUCGGCGAAGAAUUGUGUCAAUGUUGAGAAGGCGUUCUAUGAUGUCGUCCGCCAAUUACGGCGGCAGCGACAGCAGUUCGCUCGAUCGUCGGAUCGUGGCCACAAGGACAGGUCUCGAGGUGAACGUCACCGCGAUUACCAAAGAGAUGACCGCAGAUACAGAGACGACAAGGACCGCCGGCGCGGUGGUGACAAACGCAAACCCAUGUGCGUAAUUCUAUGA